AUGGCUCACAACAAAAUUGUAACUUUAGAUUUUGAAACUGGACCAGUUACAGCUUUAUCUAUCAUAUCUGAAAAUCUAGUUUUAGCAGGUAUUUGUGGUAAUCUACAUGUAUAUGAUAUAACUAAACAGAAAUUGAUUCAUAUCGAGUAUGAUUUAUUGAACAAACAGAAAAUUCAUGGCAUUAAAAAAGAUGAAAGAGAGAGAAAAGAUAAAUCAUCUAUACAAGUUAUGAUACAUGGUGGUAAAGGCCUACAGAUAUUAUCAGUUAAUGAAACUAAAGGACAGUUUACAGGGUUAUCUAAAUUGAACAGUUAUGAAGAAUUCAAUGAUUGGAUAUGGGAUGUAAUAUGGCUAGAAUCAUCAACCAUUGCCAUGGUUACAGCACAUAAUGUCAUUCUACUGUUUGAUUGGUCAGCUCAAUCUAUAUUACAUCAAUCAUUUUCAUCAAAUUUCAAAGAUUUCUUAAUGUCGAUAAGAUAUUCAGCCCAUUUUAUUGGUACAGAAUGGAACAACUUGAUCCUUGCUGCUGGUACAGUUUUCAAUCAAAUUGUUUUAUGGUCACCUACUGGUCAAGCUGAUUCUCAAGGUCAUCAAAAGGUCAUUCAUAGACUUGAAGGUCAUCAGGGUGUAAUAUUUUCUAUCAAUUAUCGUAAAGAGUAUCAGCUAUUAGCCACAGCUUCAGAUGAUCGUAGUAUAAGAUUGUGGAAAUUUAAAUUUGAAACAAAACCUGAAACAGCUUCUGAUUGGAUGUCUAUGUCGUCUGCACCUUUACAUACCUUAUAUGGUCAUUCAGCUAGAGUGUGGAGUGCAUAUUUAUUACAUGAUAGCAUAAUUAGUGUAGGAGAGGAUUCUACAUGUUGUGUAUGGAAUUAUGAUGGUGAAGUACUCAAUAGAUUUAAAGGUCAUAAGGGUAAAAGUAUAUGGAGUAUAGAUUGUACUGAUGAUAUCAUUGUAACAGGAGGGGGAGAUAACUCUAUUAGACUCUGGAAGAUAAACAAUACAGUGUCGACUGAUAACAAUCAACAGUUAGUUUUAUCAGUUCCAGAUGAUAUCAAAAAUAGUAAAGAAGACAUACCUAGAUCAGUAGUAUUGAAGAACUAUGAUACAGCUAUCAUCAUGACAAAUUCUGGAUCUUUAUGUCAGUAUGAUAUUAACAAGAAAGUCUGGAAACUUAUAUACCAUAAUGCAUCAUUUAAAUCUUAUUCUCUGUUAGUGACCUCCCCUGAUAAGAAAUUGACUGCUGCUGGUAAUAUUGAAGGAGAUAUUUUAAUUGUACUCAAUGAUGAGUAUAUUUGUAAGAGAUAUUUCAAUGGUAAAGUUUAUGGUAUGAUAUGGAUUGAUUCAGUUCAUUUAUUAACAACAGGUCCUGCUGGUCAAAUAUUACUGCUUGAAGUUCAACAGAAUGACACUAAUAGUGAGGUUGCUAUAAGAAUGAAUAUUAAAGGUGAAUAUAUUCUACCACCAUGUAAACAGAGAUGGGUGUCUGCUGGGUUGAUAGUAUCAGAUGAUUUAAGUGAUGUUGUAUUAGUAUGUGGUGAUAGAGGUGGGACAGUACAUCACUAUAGACAAUCAAGGUCUAAGACCCCGAUACAGAGUUUCCCUAAGAUACAUGGUAAAGCUGGUGUAACUAGUAUUAUAUAUAGGGAUAGUAAGAUAUUAACAGCUGGUCGUGAUGGACAGUAUAGAAUCUGGUUAUUAGAUACAGACAAGAUACAGUUGUUAAAUAGUCAUAAGGUGUUAAAGAAUUUAGAAUGGAUAGAUAGAUUAGUUCUAACUGGAAAUAAUCAACUACAUGUUUAUGGUUUUCAUUCAACUAACUUUGUAAUCUGGAGUGAAGUAGAUAAUCAACUAUUACUAGAAAUAAAGUGUGGUGGAGGUCAUAGGUCGUGGGAUUGUAAAGUUAACAGUGAUGAUAAUGCUAGAUUCUUGUAUAUUAAAAAUGGUGACGUUAUUUUACACAAUACAAGUUUACUCUCUAACCAAGUUGUUUUGAAGCCUGCAUUACAUGGUCGUGAAGUGUGUGAUGUAAAGUAUAUAGAAUCUAUCAAUAUUAAUGGAGACUUAUAUCACCUUAUUGUAACAACUAGUGAAGAUACAGAUAUUAUAAUAUCACAGUUAAAAGUCCCAAAGGCAAAAUCAUCAGAAUUGUGGCCAUUACAGACAUUGCAAGGACAUCUAUCUAGUGUAAGAACAGUAACACUGAAUAAUCUCCCUUCAACAAGUGACAGACGACAAUAUUUACUAUUCACUGGUGGUGGUAGAGCCCAAAUUGAGAUUUGGAAAUUAACAGUGUGUAGAAAUACUGACUCUAGUUCUAUGGUUUGUUUUAAUGUGGAACACGAACAUCUAUCCAGUUGUUUUUUGGGAAAUUUAGAAAAUAAAAAAGGAUUCAAACCUUGGAAAAAGAAGCAUGUGAAUCCUGAUCCUGAAACUAGAAUCUUGUGUCUGACUUCAUUUUGCGGCAUGGACAUAGAUCAAGCUUAUCCUGCAAGCGUCCAUUUUGUCACUGCUGCCUGUUCUGAUGGGUUUGUAAGGUUAUUUUGCUUCAAUGCAGAAACUAAAACUAUGGAAUUAAUGGAACAGUCAGACUUUCAUAACAACUGUGUUUUAAAAACUCAUCAUUUUAUACAUAAAUCACCUAAAGGCUCACAAAUAUUCUUGUUGUCAGGGGCAACUGAAGGGGUUGUUGCUUUUUGGAAUGUGACUAAACUGUGUUUGGAUAUUUUGAAUUUGUAUAGAUCUAACUGUGAUACUUUGAACUGCAACCAAAAUGAGGUGAAAAAUUCCAAAUGUGAUCUAAUUUCAUCAGAUUCAGAAACAGAUGACAGUUGUUCCAGUACUACCUCCAAAAAUUUGUGUUUUCCAACAAAAAUAAAACACAUUCAGGUGAAAAAUGAAAAUAUCAGUGAAGCAGACGUGAAAGAUUGGCAGCCAUGUUUCAAGCUGAAAUGUCACCAAUCUGGUAUAAACAGCUUGGAUACAUACAAAAUAGACAAGAACAAGUAUGUAAUAGCUAGUGGAGGUGAUGAUAAUUGUUUAUCUGUUAGUAUGGUAUCACUAGAUAAUACUGAUAAUACUGGUAGUUUUACUCUUGUUAAAUCAGGACAGAAUAUCAAUACUCAUUCAGCUCAAAUAACAGAUGAUACUGGUAGUUUUACUCUUGUUAAAUCAGGACAGAAUAUCAAUACUCAUUCAGCUCAAAUAACAGAUAAUACUGGUAGUUUUACUCUUGUUAAAUCAGGACAGAAUAUCAAUACUCAUUCAGCUCAAAUAACAGGUAUAAGAAUUCUAUCAGAAGAUAAGAUAGUAACUGUAUCAGUGGAUCAAAGAUUAAAUUUAUGGCAGCUCAAUGAUUCACUAUCUUCCAAAGACAUUCAGAUUGAUUAUCUUGACUGUAGAUUUAUCAAUAUAUCAGACAUAGCUAAUUUAGAUAUAAGACUUGAGAGUAGUGGAAGAAGAUUAUAUUAUAGUGUGUGUGGUGUUGGAUUAGCUUUUGGAGAGAUAGUCAUACCCUCUACUGAACUUACCUUAUGA